AUGAACGAAUGUGACAAUAAUAAUCAGUAUCGAUGUCAUAAUGGUGCACAAUGUAUACCGAAUACAUUUUAUAAUGAUAACAAAUAUAAUCCUGACUGUUUAGAUGGAUCCGAUGAAGAUUAUUCCGAGUUAGAAAACCGAUUUUCCUCCUGUCAUCAAGAUCCGACUUUUCGAUGUGAAGAACACAUGUGUCCAAGAUCAGAUCUGUUCUCAUGUGGUGAUGGUAACUGUGUUCCUAUUAUGAUUCCGAAUUAUGGCGAUGAUUGUCGUAAUUUUCGUGAUAUUCAAUUAUCGGAAUCCAUCGUUCGGUACAAGGAAUAUACACAUUUGUCCUCGGAAUGUUGGUGGAUAUUGAUUUAUGGAAUCGAUGAUUGCUUUGAUGGUGAAGAUGAAACAUUCAAGAAUUCGUGUUCAUUGAAUGAUGUUUAUCGUUAUCAUUGUCCCGAUACAGAUGACAAUUGUAUUUCACCUAUUCUCGUACGUGAUGGUGAAGAGAAUUGUGAAGGAGAUGAAUUGACACUGGUCGAACGUGCACGUCACGAACGACCACAAUGGCCGUUGAUAUGCGAUACGUAUGAAGAUAUUGAAAAAUCUGAUCGAUACAACGAAACUGAUGAAACAAAUUGUGACGCUAGUUAUUGGCCAUGUAAUAACAUUUAUACGCAUUGUGAUGGUACUUGGAAUUGUCCGAACGGUGUGGAUGAAAUCGAUUGCCCAUCGAAUUCAAUCUGUUCACCAAACGGACACUUGUGUCUGUCUCUUGUUACAUACGAACUCACUUGUCUACCUUUAUCAUUAGCUGGUAAUGGAAAAGUCGAUUGUCGAGGUGGUACCGAUGAACGCAUGUAUUGUCGUAGAAAUUUGUCUAUUCCAAUGGAUUCCAUUCGAUAUAGAUGUCGAAAUUCAACCACAUGUACGUCUAUGAAUAAUGUUUGUCCUGAUGCACCUCUUCCCGGUGAAACAGAUCAAUGUUUUUGUCCGCCAAGUUACUUCGGUAAUCGAUGUCAAUAUCAGAAUCAACGAAUUAGUCUGACGAUUCAAUUUCGUCUAACGCAGGAGCCUGAACGACAGACUGUAUUUCACAUUCUUAUUCUAAUCAUUAGCAAUAACGAGUCUCGAUAUGUUCAAUCUUCUGAACAAAUUAUCUAUAUUCCUAUGUAUGAUUGUAUGAAAAAAUUUAAUAUUUAUCUUCUCUACCCAUCGAUUCCGAAAGAUUCUACGAAAAAUUAUUCGAUUCAUAUUGAUGCAUUUGAUAAGACAUUAUUGAUGUAUCGAGCCAGUUGGUAUUUGUCUAUUCCAUUUCAAUUUCUACCUGUGAAUCGUCUUGCAACUCAAUUAACUAUUCCACGAAAAGCUCUAUCGAGUUGUCAUAGACAAUGUGGUUUACAUGGUCAAUGUACAAUGUAUGUUAACACAGAUAAAUCAUUUUGUCGAUGCGAUUCAGGUUGGUCAGGAAAAUUGUGUAACAUUGCACAGAAUUGUACUUGUUCAUCCAAUUCAUUAUGUAUCGAUGGAUCCAUUUGUGUAUGUGGACUUGAUCAUUUUGGUCCCCAUUGUCUUCUUACUCGAUCUGUAUGUUCAACAGGUAACAUUUGUGCAAACGGUGGUCUGUGUGUUCCGGUCGAUCAACGUAUUGCUGAAGGCCAAUCGACUUGUCUCUGUACCGAAGGAUUUUCUGGUCCAACUUGUGAACAAUUGAAUAGUAAAAUAACGCUUUCAUUUGAUGGCAUAGCUAUUCCACCGUCUAUUCUUCUUCAUUUCGUUCGAAUAUUUGAUGGUAAUGCACCACAUGAACGUACAACUAUAUUCAAAAAGAUUCGAAUGGAUUAUGAGACGAUUUCUAUAUAUCGAUCUGAUCCAUUUCAUAUUUUAUUUACAGAAUUUUUCAAUAAUUAUUAUCUUACUAUUCUUCAACAAAAUGAAAUCAUAUCGAACAAUAUAUCAACAAUAGUUCUUCCUUCUCAUCGUUGUCGUUUUAUAGAUGAAUUAUUAGAUAAAACUCGACUCGUUCAUUCGAUUCUUCGACGAAUAAAAUAUUAUCAUUCAAUCUGUCGAGAAUGGUCAGAUUUAUCAUGUUUCUACGAUUCAAUCUAUAUGUGUUUGUGUACUAUCGAUCGUCAAGCGAAUUGCUUCGAUUUCGAUCAUAAUAUGAUUUACGAUUGUGUUGGUCAAAAUCAUUGUGAAAAUGAUGGACAGUGUUUUCAGGAUCAUCCGUCAUGUCCGACUACAUCGAUUUGUGCAUGUAAACAAUGUUAUUUCGGUUCAAAAUGUCAAUUAUCUACACAAGGUAAUUGGCUAAAUGCAUGUGUAGCUAUUGAACGAACAUUAACAGUUUUCAAAGGAAUCGAUUUUAAUAAGAAGAAAAGUCGACGAAUUGCUAAAUGGAUUAUUUUUAUUCUUAUUCUGCUCACAAUUAUUUCACAUAUCCAAGAUUCAAUUCAUCGACAAUUAAUUGACGAUGAUGAAGAACAACGAACAUGGUGCAUUGUUAAGUAUUCUCAUCUUAUUCACGUUAUUGAUUCAACAAUCAAUAUAAUCCAUAUUAUUGUUCCAUUUUGUAUUAAUUUCAUUUCGGCUCUAUUGAUUAUUAUUAUAACAGCACGAACAAAAUCGAAUAUUUACCCUGAACAAACCUAUAAGCAACAUCUUCGUCAACAAUUUAAAAAAAAUAAACAUCUACUUAUAUCAUCAUUUAUUCUUAUUCUUCUCGCUUUACCUCGUCUCAUUAUUUCGUUCGUUUCGAAAUGUAUGCAAUCGGCUCGCGAUCCAUGGCUUUUUCUUAUUGGCUAUUUUGUCUCAUUUAUUCCACCUAUGCUUCUCUUUUUUGUAUUUGUGCUUCCAUCAGAUGUCUACAAAAAAGAGUUCUAUAAAUCAAUCAAACGAGUAACAACAGUCCUUCGAUAA